GGCAACACUGCAGUGACGGCCAUAGCAGUUUACCCAGUCACGCGAGAAAAAAAAUGUGAAUUUACGAAUUGAAAAUUCUUUGUUUUCAUCGCCUUAACGAAGUUAAAAUUGAGUUUUUUUGUGACAAAUAUGGAUUAAAGAACAUGUGCUACACGAUGGGCGUGUUGUUCAGACAGUUAUGUUGCGAGAAACCGAUGAAAUUCGUGUUUAUAAACUAAUUUGUGAAUCGAGUAAAAAAAGUGUUUUUUUGUGCUAUACAAUACCACAUCAGGUGGGUUUUUUACUUCGGCUGUAUCGAUUAGUACGUGGAACGACAUUCUGUGUUGUGUUAAACGGUAUUCGAGCUCUGAAAGUGUUCCAAAAUCUUAUUUUAAUGUCUUGUUUACAUUUUUGGAGUCAGAUACGAUGAACCCGACAACCCUGCCAUCAAAUAUGGACAUUGAUCCACUGAGCUACGAAUACCCUGGCUACAGCUAUCCGCACCCAGCACAGUACACAUACCCAGUGAAGGACGAGACAUACUACCAGAACUACGUACCCAAUGGCCACACGGACUACAAACAACUCACACCAUUACAAUCUAAAGAGGAGACCGAUAACAAACCAGAAACUAAAGACGUCAAAACGGUACCAACGAGAAGAAAAAAGGAUAAGCGUGUUAAAAGUGCGUACUGUUCUGAGAAGAUAACGGAUGAAGGGUUCCCGUUCUACGGUUGCUCUGUCUGCAACAUCAGCUAUAAAGCCUUACAUGAACUAGAUCAACAUGUUACCAUACACAAAAAUAGAAUGACAAGCUACCGUCUAAGACUACGGAACCAAUAUAAAAAGAAACAAUUAAAAAAGGAAAAGAAACGCUUAAAAAAGAUUAUAAAGAAAGAAAUGUCUAUAGAGAUUGAGAUUAAACCGGAGGACGGGUAUAUAGGUAACGAGAAAGCAUCUGACUUUAUAAAUCACAAUGAACAAAGACCUGAAUUCCACGGAGAAGAUACGAAGAGUGGAAUAUCAAAUGUUAAUUUAAGUCUUAAUACUAAAAGUAACGAUAAUGGAUUGAAUAUUAAUAGUAUAAGUAAUGGGAACGUUGUCAAUGUUAGUGUAAGUGGUAACGGAGUCAACGGGGAGAAUGUUAGUAAAGAUAAGGGUAUAAAUAGUGGUAAAACAAGUCAUGGUAGUAAUGGUGUGAGUGAGACCAACGGGAAGGCAGCGAGUGAUAACCGUAACAGCAAGGACGAAGAGAGUGAGUUGAAUAACUUGGAGAAGAUCUAUAAGUGCUUCGCUUGCCACAAGCAGUUCACUCUGAGUUAUUAUUUGAAGUUGCAUGUCAGAUCACAUACAGAUGAGAAGCCAUACAAAUGCAACGCGUGCGGCCAGUCGUUCAUAACGGCGAGCAAGCUCGGUCGCCACGACAAGCGCAUCCAUCAGACAGCGCGCUUCCAGUGCAGGAUCUGCUUCAAGGUGUUCCUCAGGUUUGACCUCCUGACGGCCCACUUCGACAAACAUCACCCCGAGGACAAGCUGGAUGGAGAGCCCUACGACUACAACGCCAUCCUCCCCUACCUCAAAGAGUUGGAGGAGCAGCUCGCGCAGCAGGAACAGAAGCCGAAGGUCGAGGACCUGUGGGGGGAGGCGCCCUGUGGGCCGCAGCAGGUGACCUUGUGCGAGGACACCGGCGAGGUCAAGGUCGAGGGCUGGGGAGAGCCGCACUGCGUCGUGCUCACCGAGGAUGUCAAGGAGGAGACACCGGACGAAGAUCAAAAAGACGUUCUCCCGAAACUGAGCAUAGAAGUGAAGGUGGACUUCGACGAUCUGAAGGUGAAGCAAGAAGUGUCAGAAGAGGAAGGGGGAGAGCCGGGAGUGGGAGGGGGAGACGGGGGAGACGGCGCCAUAGAGAUAGACAUACCCAUGGACAAUGAUGUGAAGGCGGAAGACAGCGCAUCCGACGAGGACUACUUCCCGUCGAACACGUGGGCGGUACCCCCCGCGCCGCCGCCCCCCUCUCCCCCCUUGUCGGGGCCCCGGCGGCGCGGGGGAGGCCGCGCGGGGCCCGGCGGGGGGGGAGAGUGUCCCGUCUGCCACAAGGCGGUCAGCAGCGCGUCCUACAUGCGCGUCCACAUGCGGACACACACCGGGGAGAGGCCCUUCAAAUGCUACAAGUGUGGGCGGGGGUUCAUCACAAGCAGCAAGAUGCACAGGCACGUGCUCACGCAUCAGGAUGACAAGGAGGGCGACGUGAAAAAGGAGGGGGAGACUCAGGCAGAGGGUGAGAGCAAGCCAGAGGGGGAGGCCAUCGAUGAAGACGACCAACCUCUCAAGAACAUCAAAUGUAAGAAGCGCGGCAAGUCCAAGGCGAGUAGCAAGCUCUCCCCCGGCGAGGCCCCUCCCCCCCGCAAGCACCAGAAGCGGCCCCACUCCUGCGAGUACUGCAACCAGAAAUUCCUGCACCUGAACAUGCUAGAGGUGCACCGUCAGAGCCACGCGGGCGAGCAGCUAGUGUUGCGCUGCCAGUACUGUCUGCAGGAGCAGCCCGACAGCGCAGCCCUAGCCGAGCACGAGGCCACGCACUCCGGGCCCAAGCCCUACCUGUGCACCCUGUGCGGGAAGACCUACAAGAAGAGGGAGACCAUGGUGUACCACCGCAAGCAACACAAGUCGCCGCCCUCGUUCGUGUGCGACGUGUGUUCGCGUCGCUUCUCCGCCGCGUGCAAGUUGUCCGCGCACCAGCGCAGUCACCGCGCGCGCGUGUUGCGCCGCUACGAGUGUCCCGUCUGCGCGCAUCUGUUCCACACCAAGUACCACGUGCACAUGCAUCUCGCCACGCACCAGAAGGAGGGGCUUAUCCAGGAGCAGCACCGCGGGCAGGUGCUGGCGAUGGCGCUGCAGAACGCGCGCCCCCUCCCCGCGCCUCCCCCCGACACCAGCGACGAGCGCUCGCGCGUCUGCAACAUCUGCGGGGAAGUCUUCCACCACUUCUUCCACUUGGAGGAGCAUCUCAAGGGGCACGCCGCCAGCAUCGCCGUCGAGGAGCUAGACAAGCCGGCAGACAAGAAACACGUCUGCCCCCUCUGCAACAAAGGCUUCAAACUCCAUUACUACUUAAAGUUGCACAGCUUCACCCACUCGAAGGAGAAGCCCUUCAUCUGCCAGCAGUGCGGGAAGGGCUUCAUCACUAAGGGCAAGCUGAAGCGCCACCUAGAGACACACACCGGCCUCAAGAAGUACCAGUGCCACAUCUGCUGCAAGUUCUUCACGAGGCCGAGCUACCUCCGCAUCCACAUCCGCACCAUACACGGCACGCAGGACUACAACUUCCGCCUCCAGCCGCCGCUCGCCGCGCAACUAUAAGUUGCUGAACUCAGCGAGGUCAUAACAUGUGUUUUCGUUAUGUUUAUAAUUAAAAUUGAAUGUUGUUUAGGAAAAAGAUUUACCUCAAACAGGAUUCGAACCUGCGAGCCUUAGCUCGAAGCGCCACAGAGCUAACACGAUCACUUGUUUCGUUUCAAAAGGAGUGAAAGUCCUUCAACAUACUUCAAACAUAUUUUUGGUUUGAGCGUUAAAAACUGCGCAUAAUGUUGGUUUCAUAUUGAGAUGUUUAAAAUUGUUUUGUUUAAGAUACUAAGUCGUACUUAAAUUGAGGGUCAUCAUCAUUUCAGCUUCGUUCUGUACAUAAUCUACCAAUUUACCUAAUUUUCAAAUCUAUAAAUUAAAUUAAUAUUUUGUAAUAUAAUUAAUGUUGUGUGAAGCUGGAAUUAGGAUUUAAAUUGGGUGUCCGCAAAGUCAAAUAUUGAAAGCACAAUUUGUAAGAAAGUAAUUAAAAUAGAGACAACAAAUGUAUGAGCUCAAUGUAUCGGCAUUCUCAUGGAAUAGAAGAGUUAAGGGAAGUGCUACACCUAAAUACAUACACAUAUAAAGACAGAUCAUUUCUUUAUAGUUUAAUUUAUGUAUUACGUGCCAAAAGAGUUUUUAGACCUCUUACGUAGUUUUAAACAUAAUUGAACAAAUCUCAGGAGUGCUGGUUUCCUUCAGUUUUAAUUAGUUAGUAAUAUGCACAUGAAUUUGAAAAUAUAUUGGUUUGUGCCGGGUUUUGAACCUUGGACUUGGCAAUCCAAUGGACAAACAAAGCAGCUUUCACUUGUUAUUAUUUAAAAAAAACUUCUUAAAUAAGAUUUUAGAAGUUUUUGCAUUUUACAUGAUUAACAUAUUUGUCAGAGUUUGGAUAAUAUAAGGUUGAUCAUGCCCUCCUAAUAUUGACACACGCGGAUCCCACAUGGCACUUCCUUUUACUUUUCUGCUCCAUGUUAACAAUUUCUAGAGCUCUAAAAUUGUCUCUGUCUCUGUUUUUGUCUCUGAUGUGUCACGUGACAUCGCAGCUACCCGGGGGAGGGGGGAGGGUACUUGUUAUAUAUUUAGCAAUAAUAUGUUGUAUCAUAAGAUGGUUGUUGAUUUUGUAAAAUAAUAAUAAAUUAAGUUUUAUAAAUAU